UUGCAUCAACGCGUCGUGUCUCCAAAGUCUUAACUUCUCUGCCUGAGAGAGUGGUUGCAGGUCUUUCAGUUGAUUCCCGUUAUUAGUGACGUUCCUGUCGACAUUAAAGAACAGAGUCGUGUUCUCAGACCCCGGACUGCCAAAGAUCUUGGCUGCCGGGUUGGGGGGAGUCACAAACACUUCAUUUUGGCGGUUGUUCACGAGUGGUGAUAUGUAUAACGUAGAGUUGUGUUGAGACGGGGUCUUCUGUGGCUGGGGCAUCUUUGGAGACAAUACACAGCAGGGGCGAAAAGAAAGUCUCUAUUUCAAUGGAGCGGUUACUGGUAUAUUCAAGUAAGCACAAGCACAAUGGUGAAAUCUGCCAGAGAUCGAAUGUGGUUCAGAAUUUUAGUGGGCUCGUAUGAACAUAAUCUUUUGUGUUUAUCGUUGAUGCUAACUGAAGCACAACCAGUAUUUCAACCAGUUUUCCAUUUUGAAGCACACUCCUUGUCGAUCAAGAGCAUCGAUGUUGCUAAGAGAUACUUGGUGACCGGGUCUAAUGACGAACACAUCAGAAUAUACGAUUUGCAGAAGAGAAAAGAAUUGGGUACUUUGCUCAGUCACCAAGGAACUGUCACCACCUUGAGAUUCUCUGAUGAGCAUAGUGCCUCUGAGAUUCAAGAGUCUUCUGAAAAGUCUGGAAAGUGGUUACUUUCAGGGUCUGAAGACGGGAAAAUCAUAAUAUGGCGUACCAAAGAUUGGGAGAUUUUUGGUACUUUGAAAGGACAUCAAGACAGAAUCAAUGACUUGGAUAUUCAUCCUACUGGAAGAGUGGCCAUUUCUGUAUCCAAAGACAAUACAAUUCGGUUGUGGAAUUUAAUGACAUGCAAGAAAGCAGCAAUUUUGAAGGUCAAAGGUCGAGACAGUCUUGGUCAAGAAUGUCAGUUUGUAAGAUGGACCAAGUCUGGUAACCAUUUUAUUGUCGGAUUGAUGAACAAGAUAUUUGUGUAUGAGGCUAAAGAUGCCAAGAUCCACAAACAGUUUGGUUUUAAGACCACGUUAAUGUGCAUGGACGUUGUGACGUUUGAAGGUGCUGAAUGGCUUGUCACUGGACACAGCAAUGGAGUACUUGAAUUUUACGACCUGAAAAUCUUGGUUGAAACUGAAGAAGAACCCAGACCUGUUUUCUCCUUGAGAGGUCACACCAACCGUAUUAAGGACUUCUCUCUCUACAAGGUUGGAACCGUUCCAUUUUUAGUGUCCGUAUCUUCUGACGGUAAAAUUGUUGUUUGGGACCUCUCUGAGUCUGUAAGAGACCAAAUAGCCGUGUACGAUACCGGUGAAAGACUCAAUUGUGUUGCUGUAUGCCCAGAGGCCAUCGAAAAGGCCGAAUCUAUGAAAAGACGUUACGAUCCAAACGAAAUCAACGACUACAGUGAGAGUGAAUAUGAAACUGAUGGAGAAGAAAUGAGAAAGGUAUUCAACAAAGCAUCUAAAAAGAAAAGAAGUAAAAGUAGCAAGUCCAAAGUGUCUAUUACUAGAGAAUAGUGUACCAGUAGUUAAUCAAGCACUCAAUUACAUUACUAAUCAAAGUCUAUAGAAUUAUUACUUUUUCUCCUUCAAUGUAGCAACAUGCUUGUCGAACAAAGUUUUAGCUCUCACCCAAACUGGAGCCUUGUCUCUGUUUGGCAAGUCUAACAAGGAGGGCAACAAGUCCUUGGUGAAACUUUCAGACGCUUCUCUAGGUAACAAGGAUGGUAAGUGAUCAAUGGAGCACACAGACAACUUUGGUCCUUUUGAAGUUGGAACAUCCACAGUUGGUUCUUUGAAGGUGGUUGCAAUCGUAUACACAGGUAUUGGGUUGUGUGGGUUGGUGGUAUCAGCAGACACAUCGACAAUUGUUCUCAACUUUCUAUUUUCAUCAUUCAAGGUGGUUGGAGUCACAAAUGCUGGAAUAGGUGUAGACAAAUAAAUACAGUUAACAAAGAUGUCUGAUUCAAUGAUUUCCUUAAAUGGGCCUCCUUUGGCAGUUUCAGCCAUAUCCCAUUUCAAGAUCUUGGAGUCAGGAAUACCAGCCUUUUGGAACAAGGAAAUGGCACCUGAUCCACAUCUACCCAAAGCUCCAAUCACCAAACACUGUGGGUAUGAACCAGUUUUGGCAACAGCAGCGUCCAAUUGUUUCUUGACCACAGUCACCAACUCGUCCUCGUUAGGGUAUGGAGAGAGGUUGGAUAACUCUUCAGUUGGGUUUAAUUGUUUCAAAGCCCAGUCCAAAACACCAACAGCAGCACCGGCAAAACCCGCGUAGAAACCAAAGGCAGCGACCCUUCUUCCUUGAUCGUUUUCCAAAAAUUCCAAGUCGUACAAGGUACCAUUACCAGCUGGGAAUCUUCCCAAUACAUCUUCCCAACCACCUUGGUUCUUGUAGCAGUGAGCAAAUUGAAUGUGUUCGUGCACCAAGGGGAAGGUUUCGUCUUCUGGCAACUCUUUUAAGCCCAAGAUUAUUCUGUCUUUUGGGGCGGUUUUCCAAGAGGCCUUUGGAACGAUUUCAGCUCCCACGGCUGAGUACUCAGCAGAGUCAAAGGUAGAUUGAUCACUUUCUUCGACGUAGACCUUGAAGCCGGCAUCGAUCAAGGCCUUGGUGGUGGAAGGAGUUAAGGCGGCUCUGGCUUCCAAAGGUUUGGUUUCAGCUCUUAAGUGGAUUUGCACAGUCAUUGUGAUAUAAAAAGUGAAUAGGAUACCAGUUUUUCACACUUCGCGGGACGAGUU